UUUGUUUGUCCCAUCAACCGAGGCUCAUUUUGUCCUAUUUGUGACGACCCGGCUUGCAGGAUCGCAGGCUUAAAUUUAAGUACUCACCCACUUUUGGGAAAAAUAUUGUCAUUUUCACAGAGGAAGGCUUUUCUAUAAAUUUACAAGUCGUCUAGCUGGCUGAGAAGCGAGGAGAUGGUUAGAAAGGAGAGAGUUAGGCCGUUUUGCCAAGCGCUCUUAAAGCUUCAAGGAGUUCUCCUUUUGCUGUAUUUGAGAACAGGUUUCAUUGCUGGGGAAAAGCAUUACAUUAUCAACACAACCUCAGCACAGAUAAAGAUAGAGGGGAUAAGUAAUGUAACCAGCGGAAAGAUUGAAGAUAAAACUUUCCAUGGUCCUAACAACGGAAUUUGGAACUACUCUGUGGCAGCGUUUAAUUUCACUUCAAGUGAAGCCAAAGAUAUCUUUCAUGAAAAAAACAAAAUAUCUAUCCGUGGUACGAAUGCCCUUUCUGUGAUCGUUCAGGGCAAUUUUACGGUGGGAACUGAUUUAGAUGUGAGUGGUAAAGAUGUCAGUUUUACCUCAAACGAUAAACAACUGUUUUGGCUCGGAGGAUUUAUACGGAUGAAUAAAACUUGCUGUACAUUGGGUGCGGGGCCUGGUGGAGCCUUUAGCUAUCACGGUGGUGGUCAUGGCGGCAGAGGGGGAGGUUUUUAUCAGGACAGGAACACAACUAGACUGUACGGGUGGAAUUACUUCGAUACCAUUUACCUACUAGGCGGCAGCACAGGAACGAAUUUGUUCUCCAGCAAAGCAGGGUCUGGCGGUGGAGCUAUAGAAUUGAAGGCAAUCGGUGGAACACUAACCCUGAAUGCCGCAAUUAAGGCUGAUGGUUACUCGACUGGCAACACAAGUGAUGAUCACUGUGCAGGGGGCAGUUCAGGAGGAUUGAUACGACUACAAGGAAAUAGGGUGGUGAUAGGAAACAACGGAAGUUUAUCUGCAGUUGGUGGGGACAGCGGUUUUAGCUCUAACCAUUCGCAUUACUGUGGAGGUGGUGGAGGAGGUGGAGUUAUUCAAGUCUUUUCGCAAACCGAUAUUAAAAACUAUCCAGCAAAUAGUCUGAAAAGGACUAAUGGUGGACGAGGAUUGCGAGAUGGCGAGGCAGGACAAGAACAAGUAGCUUUGUACUUCGACCGCCAAAUGGAUUUAAAGAUCAACACAACAAGUUGUAAAAUGUCCUGGACUAAUAAUCACGAAUACGCUGGCGAAAUCGAGCAAAGGACUUUCAAGAAAAUGGCUUACAACGUCUGCAAAAUUGAAUUCAGUUCAUCAAUUCGUAUAGGAAGACAAGUGAGCGUAAAAAUCAGUGGAAAGAGAGCUUUAUCUUUGAUCAGUAUGCAUGGAAGCAUUGAGAUAUUUUCCCAGAUAGAUAUCGACGCCACGGAACAUUCGGAUGAAAGCCUCUCUGAGACAAGCAUUGGAGGAUACGUAAAAGUGUCCCAUGAUGACAAAGCCGCAGGUCCUGCUGGUCCUAACUGUAGUUCGGAUGAAUUGUAUGGUCGAGAUUUUGAUUCCUUGUUAGGCGGAAGUGUGUGUUCGUGGGAAGGUAAGUGAAAUCAAAUUCUGUUUGAAAAUGC